AUGGAGCCUUCUGAAGAACUUAGUCAGAUUAGCAAAGAUAACUUUUUAGAAGUUCCUAAUUUAUCAGACUCCCUUUCUGAAGAUGAAGAAGUUAAAGCGACUUUCAAACCUGGUUUCUCCCCUCAACCUAGCCGACGAGGUUCUGAUUCUUCUGAAGAUAUGUACCUGGACACCCCAUCUUCAGGUACGCGAAGAGUUUCUUUUGCUGAUAACUUUGGAUUCAAUCUUGUGUCUGUUAAAGAGUUUGAUUGCUGGGAACUGCCGACUGCUUCGACCAAUUUUGACUUGACAAAGGACAUUUGCCACACAGAAGAAUAUGUUUUGUCUCCACUCUUUGACUUGCCUUCUUCAAAAGAGGAUGUUAUGCAACAAGUUCAAGAACAGAAAGCGAUACUGGAAUCAACUGAGUAUCCUCCUGAUUCAACAAGUAUGAAGGGAAUUAUCCGAGUUCUGAAUAUUUCUUUUGAGAAGUUAGUAUAUGUAAGAAUGUCCUUAGAUGACUGGCAGACACAUUACGACAUCUUAGCAGAAUAUGUUCCGAAUUCAUGUGAUGGGCAAACUGACCAGUUCUCCUUUAAGAUUUCAUUGGUUCCUCCCUAUCAAAAAGAUGGCAUUAGAGUUGAGUUUUGUAUACGUUAUGAAACUUCAGUGGGUACAUUUUGGUCAAAUAACAAUGGCAUAAAUUAUACAUUAGUUUGUCAAAAGAAAAAACAAGAACUGGAACUUGUAAAACCACAGGAAGAAGUGCCCAGUAGACAAAUAAAAGGCUGCUUAAAGGUAAAAUCAAGCAAAGAAGAAUCAACAGCAGCAUCCCAAGGGGAUAACUUUGAGAAUUUAAAGGUUACAGAUGCCUACAUCCCAACAAUUGUUUGUUCUCUGGAGGACAAGGAAGACUUGGAAACCAAGAAUCAAAAUGUGAAAGACGCACACAGGGAACAUGAUGAACAUAAUGAAAAGGAAUUAGAGUUGAUGAUAAAUGAACGCUUAAUGCGAACUAGAAGUACUUCUUCCAGAGAAGAAAAAGAUAUAUUUUCAACAGACCAAGACACUUUUCCAAAUAAAACUGAAGAUGUAGAGAAGAAGAAAAUUCCGGGUGAAAUCCAUUCUGACUUUUGCAAAAGACCUUUGUCUCCAAGUUCAUCAGCAGAAAGUACCUUCAAAGAAGAGUUUUACCACAUUGAAAACCAUUCCUCAGGAAACAAGUACAGUUAUCGGCCCUCGAAGGAAAUGACUUCAGGUAUGGGGAAGAUCAAAACUUCAUUGCGGGAUGCAAGUGGUGAUGAAUUAGUGCAAUUACAUAUCAGCAGCAAAGAAGAGCUGGAUGAUAACGCUAAUCCAGCCCAAGCGAGGGGUAGAGUGCAGAUAUCUUGUUCCUUCUCAGAUCAAGUUGUGGCAGACAGUCUUAAAGAAAAACAUAAAGGAGAACCCAAGAUAACGGAAACCAAAGACUGGGAAUAUUUGAGGAGAGAUUUCCAUUUGGAUGAAUCUGCAUAUCUGGAAGAAUCAACAGGAAACAGAUCUUCCAAGAGAGAUUACGGCAGUGAGGAAGAUGAGGAUGAGCAAAGAAUACAGCUAUACAUUCACGAAAAAGGAAGCAACAAUUUUCAGCCAAUCUUUGAUGAUCAAGAAAAGAAGAAAAGUCCCUCUGAAGUAAGUGUGAGAGGGAUAGGCGCUCAUAGUAGAGACCAAACUGCUCUUCUGGACAAAGACACACUGAUUCCCAGUUUGGAAGUAACAGCAGAUAGGUUUCAUUUACCUAGGACAUAUUUACGUCAGGAAGAUGUAUUAACAGCCCCACAGCAUGAAUUCACAACCAGUGAAGGAGUCACUUUUGAAGGGAGGCCAAGAAAUGAAAAUGCUCUGAGAAAUGAUUACCCUUUCCAAGUUGAGAAAGAAAAAUCAGAUCAGCUUGAUCCUGAAGAUCAGAAUAAGAAAGUACAGCACAGACACAACUGGAAUGUUCUGGAAAGUCAGGGGAAAGCAAGCGGGUGUAAGACAAAUACAACAGAGCACAUCAAAGAACAAGCAGACUGGGAAGACAUGUGGGGGAAAAGAGAUAACACAAGGAGUGUGAAAGGUACUCCUACAGAACAGUUGUUUACCUGCCAAGAAACAGUGCACUGUGCACUGUCUUCUCUAGCUGAUCAUGGUGUUACCGCAAAAGCAGAAGCGGGUACAGCUUGUAUAAUUAAGACAACAUCAGAGAGUACUCUAGAAAGCAUGUCUGCUAGAGAAAAAGCAAUAAUUGCCAAGCUACCUCAAGAGACAGCACGAAGUGACAGGCCCAUCGAGGAAAAGGAAACAGCGUUUGAUCCCCAUGAAGGGAGAAAUGAUGAUUCACAUUAUCCCCUUUGUCAACGGGACACAGUAGGUGUAAUCUAUGACAACGAUUUUGAAAAGGAAUCCCAGUUAGGUGUUUGUGAUGUACGGGGAGAUGAAAUGGAGAGGGAAGAAGCCAGGCCUAUGUACAAUUGUAGGAGAAUACACGGCAGAGAGAAAAGUGGCAUUGGAAAGAAUAGGUCUGCAGAUGAAUCCUUACAGGUCAUUACUGGAAACCAUAAUACAGCUUCAAAACAGGGUUUACAUUUGGAAAUGUUGCCAAAAGGUGGAAAAAUAUUUUCAGAAAAUAGAGAUCAUGGGCAAGUCCAAGAUUUAUCGAUGAGAACAGACUUUGAUGUCCUUGCUCCUGCUGCUUUUAAUUCAGACACUAGCAGAGAUUCUCAGAAUGUGUCUCCUGCAUCCAAUGACCACACUAAAACUUCAGUGCCAUCUUACGAACCAGCAACUCAUGUAAAGAACACAAAUGCUACUGUGACUGUACAGUCUAAUUCUAUGAGAUCAAAAUAUAACAGUCAUACAACAGCUGAAACCCUGGGUAAUGAGAAGCACUAUCAUCCUGAAGACAUUUCCCCAAGUUCAAGAAUAGUGACUUCUAGUAGAUGUUUAGGAAAGAUUUUCCAAAAAGGAGAAUGCAGUUUAGAGAAAUCUCUAGGGCCAAUGAUUUUAAUCAGUGAGCCCUCUGAGCAUAAGGAAGAGGCAAGGCGUGGAAAUGAAGGGUUACUAAAUUACGGACAAGCAGUAUGCCCUUCAAGUGCCAAGGAAUGUGAUAACUCCGCCUCUGCCAGUUUCCUGGCCCAAGAAAGUCAAGCUCAAAGCAGUGAGUCUCUGCUUUCAAAGUACAUCAAUUCGAAAAUACCUUAUUUCCUGUUGUUUCUGAUAUUUCUUAUAACCAUCUACCACUAUGACUUCAUGAUUGGCUUAGCAUUCUACCUUUUCUCAUUGUACUGGCUAUCCUGGAAACGGGAGAGACAAAGGGAGUCUGUCAAAAAAGAGUAA